AUGCCUCUCCUUCUCUCUCUCCCUCUCAAGCUCUCUCUCUCUCUCUCUCUCUCUCUCUCUCUCUCUCUCUCUCUCUCUCUCUCUCGCUCUCGCUCUCUCUCUCUCGGACCCUCUCUCUGCCCUCUGCGCUCUCUCUGCCCUCUGCGCUCUCUCUGCCCUCUGCGCUCUCUCUGCUCUCUCUCUCUCUCUCUCUCUGCUCUCUCUCUCUCUGCUCUCCGUCGAUCGGUGGCAUCGCAUUGGCGCGCUUCAUUUGGAUUUUCGAUUUGCUUCCGCGUCUUGAAAGGCGGUGGUGAGAUCUCCACCCUGGUCGACUUUGUUCAAGUGUUGCGUGAUGGAGUUGCCCUCUGCGCCACCCUCAACUUUAUCGUCCCUGGUGCCAUUCCUGAUGUGCACGCCGCCCCCAACCAACGCCUUUACGCAACACUCGAGUCGCAAAUUGCCCGACAGCCCAGCACGGAACCCCCACGGAGCCCCCUGCUACACAUGAACAACAAAGACGAUGAGGAUGCCUUAUCAGACUACGAGACCAAGGUGGACUUUGGUAACGAAGACAUCUACGGCGCUAUCGUGGCUCGCCAUGUGAUGGCAAUUGAAGAAGUCCAGGAGACGGAGAAAAACUACAUUGAUGGUCUACGCACCAUGCUUCAAGAUUUCAAGAAGCCUCUUGCUGUCUUGGUGUACCAACCCGAUCCCCCCGUCACACAAGCCCAACUGGAUACCUUGUUUUCACAUUUGGAUGAGUUCGAGGCCCUUCAUUCCCAACUCUACAAGGACAUUGUUGACCAUCCUGACCAACUUGCCCACUGCUUUAUUCAGCGCCGAGAUACCUUUUCUAGCUACGCAGAUUAUGCCAUUGGCCAAGCCGCUGCGCUCCAGCUACUUGACGAGCUCCAAAAGAAGUCUGAAGUCAAGGCGGCACUAGACCGACUGGUGUCCUUUAGCAAUCAGCGCUUCAAACUGAAAGAUCUCCUCAUGUUGCCCAUCCAGCGCUUUCUCAAGUACCCCUUGCUCCUCUCUGAGAUUCAAAAGCGCUUGCCUGAGCACGAUGUUCAUGCCAAGCGCAACAUCAAGGCUGCCAUUACAACCGUCAAGGACAUUGCAAAGCACAUUGAUGCGAGCACCAAUGACUCGCAGAACAUUGAAGAGAUUGACUCAAUCCAAAACUCUCUCAAAGACUACAAUGUGGGAGAGGGCUCCAACAUCCCGCUGGUGGAAUACGGCCACAAACUGCUUGAUGCCGACCUGCGGAUCACGCUCGACUCGGAUCCCAAGAACGCUCAACGACGUUAUGCGUUUUUGUUCAUGCGAGCUCUGCUUGUCUGCAAGCCCAAGGGCAGCCGCUACAACUUACAAUAUGCCAUGAAUAUUGCCAACUUCAAGGCUGAUUCGGUGACCAUCCGUGGUCAGCCAUUGGCCAUUCGUUUGCACAGUGCACACCCAUCUGAUCAUCCUUUCAAUUGCUUGAUUCAGCUGCGCAAUCCAGUGGAGCAGCAGGAAUGGAUGCAGGCCUUGAGCACUGUGGGCAAGCAGGCGGGAAUUACUUCGCGGCGAGCGCGCGGUGGCCAUCGCUUUGAGGUCACGCCAUUUGAGCCGGGACUGCGCUGUCAACAGUGUGACCUUAUCUUAUGGGGCCUCUUUGACCAAGGCGUGACUUGCCGAGGCUGUAAUUUUGCAGCCCACAUUGAUUGCGUUGCCAAGGUACCAGCCCGAGUGCUAGGUCUCUUUCUCUCUCUCUCUUUCUCUCUCUGUCUCUCUCUCUCUCUUUCUCUCUUUCUCUCUCUCUCUCUCCCUCUUGUUUUCUCUCUCCCUCUUGUUUUCUCUCUCCCUCUUGUUUUCUCUCUUUUCUUUCUCUUGGUGCCCUUCCUUGUAUAUUUGGCACUCAUCGUAUUGGCAACGUUGUCUCGGCAGGCGGAGCGCAAAUGCUCCAAUCCGCACCCUGCAACCAUGUCUCGCCGUGCUCGCCGCUACACGGUGCAAGAGGCGGAAUCGUCGCUCAAGGCUGUGCAAUCGCGUCGCGUGCCACGCUCUGAGACACAAUCGCGGACGUCGCGCAACGCCACCAUCAGUGUGCGCAGUGGCCACACAGUGGCACCCUUCCAGGUGCCGGGAGCCGCGGGUGCCCUUACCGAGGAACCUAUUCCUGAAGGCGUUCACAACUUGGCCGCCAAGAUGGGCCGCGCGAGCUUGGACAGCAGCGCUGGUGGCAGUAGUGUGCAGCCCACCGCCACCGCCAACAUGGCUCCCGGAGACAUUCUGGAAGCCGUGCACAGCUUUGAGCAUCACCGCGAACGACAGGCGGGGGAUUUGGCCUUUAAGAGAGGUGAUUACGUGAAAGUUUUGGAAAGCGCCCCGGGCAACUGGUGGCGGGGCCAGCACAUGGGGACAAUGGAGCAGGGCUUGAUUCCCAUCAACUUUUUUCGCAAGCCGGACCGUCGUAUGACGCACGUUGGACACAACAUGACACCACCGUUGAAUUUGGACGGUGGCAGUGGCACUGCCCCGCCCCCGCCGCGCCCGCCAAAGUCUGCGACCGUGCGCGGGCUCUCCAUGCAGCGCAAACAGGGCCUUCGCGCUUUUAUGCCCGAGUUUGAAUACUGGUACCUGGGGCCAAUGGAUAAACCAGAGGCGCAUCAGCGAUUUGUGGGCCUACCGCAAGGUAGCUUUGGCGUGCGCCGCACGCCAGAUAAGGGUGCCUAUCGCCUUGUCGUCAAGUUUGGACAGACCGUCAAGCAUCUGCGAAUCCACGCCGCCAACAAUCAGUACAUGUUGGGCAUGGCUGCAACCUUUGACACCAUUCCGCAAUUGGUGAAGCAUUACCGUCAUCAGUCGCUGGCCUCCCAUUACGAAGAUCUGGACACGACGUUGCUCAUUCCUUCGGGCUCGAUUGAGUUUACGCCGGAGCAUCGUGUGCGCGUCCUGCGCAACUACAAGGCAGCCGAUGCAAGUGAAAUGAGCCUCCGCGAGGGAGAUCAGAUUCACGUUGUGGCCACUGAAGGCCAUGGACCUGGGCGGUGGUUUGGAACCAAUCUUCAGAACGACAAAUCAGGGCGCUUUCCAGCCUCCGUCGUCGCGCCGGCGCAAUGAUGGACAUUCUCACAUGUGCUCCCAAAGAGCCGUGAUUUCAUUAGACAGCUGUUAUCAUUGGGCUGAAAUGACUCGGCUCGCUCUUUUCUCGGCCUUGAUCUGGGUUUCCUUUUAAAUUUGUUUUCAUCUGGCUUUCACUUGAUGAAGCAUGGUGAUUGAUUCAACCCCCAAUCGAAUAAAGGGUGUCAA